CUGCCGGGAACGCUGAGAACAGGAAGUAAACAUUGACGCAUUGGCUUUGUUGCUGUGGAUGGUUUUGGGGUCCGCUGCGACAGGACUGGAGAAGGCCAGGUAAAAAUGUCGGCUGCAGCUGUGGAUACAGUUAAUGCUGCCCCGUUGUCGGGGUCCAAAGAAAUGAGUUUGGAGGAACCAAAGAAGAUGACCAGAGAGGACUGGAGAAAGAAGAAGGAGCUAGAAGAACAGCGUAAACUGGGUAAUGCUCCUGCGGAAGUUGAUGAAGAAGGAAAAGAUAUCAACCCUCAUAUUCCUCAGUAUAUUUCUUCAGUGCCAUGGUAUAUUGAUCCAUCAAAAAGACCUACUUUAAAGCAUCAGAGACCACAACCAGAAAAACAAAAGCAGUUCAGUUCAUCUGGAGAAUGGUACAAGAGGGGUGUAAAAGAGAAUGCCAUAACUACUAAGUACCGCAAAGGAGCAUGUGAAAAUUGUGGGGCCAUGACACACAAGAAGAAAGACUGCUUUGAGAGACCUAGGCGAGUUGGAGCAAAAUUUACAGGAACUAACAUAGCUCCAGACGAACAUGUCCAGCCUCAGCUGAUGUUUGACUAUGAUGGGAAGAGGGAUCGGUGGAAUGGCUACAAUCCAGAAGAGCACAUGAAAAUUGUAGAAGAGUAUGCCAAAGUUGAUCUGGCAAAACGAACACUGAAAGCCCAGAAACUUCAAGAAGAAUUAGCUUCAGGAAAAUUAGUGGAACAGGCUAAUUCUCCAAAACACCAGUGGGGAGAAGAGGAACCAAAUUCUCAGAUGGAAAAAGAUCAUAAUAGUGAGGAUGAGGAUGAAGAUAAAUAUGCAGAUGAUAUUGACAUGCCUGGACAGAACUUUGACUCGAAGAGACGAAUUACUGUUCGGAAUCUUAGGAUUCGAGAAGAUAUUGCGAAAUAUUUGCGGAAUUUAGAUCCAAAUUCUGCUUACUAUGAUCCCAAAACUAGAGCGAUGAGAGAGAAUCCCUAUGCUAAUGCAGGAAAGAAUCCAGAUGAAGUGAGCUAUGCAGGAGAUAACUUUGUUAGAUACACGGGUGAUACCAUUUCAAUGGCUCAGACACAGUUGUUUGCUUGGGAAGCCUAUGACAAGGGCUCUGAAGUGCAUCUGCAGGCCGAUCCUACCAAACUAGAGCUCUUGUAUAAGUCCUUCAAAGUCAAAAAAGAAGACUUCAAAGAACAGCAAAAAGAAAGCAUCCUGGAAAAGUAUGGUGGCCAAGAACAUUUGGAUGCCCCUCCAGCUGAAUUGCUUUUAGCUCAGACAGAAGACUAUGUGGAGUACUCAAGACAUGGGACAGUCAUUAAGGGACAAGAGCGGGCUGUCGCCUGCUCUAAAUAUGAGGAGGAUGUGAAGAUCCACAACCACACGCAUAUCUGGGGAUCUUACUGGAAGGAAGGCCGAUGGGGAUACAAAUGCUGUCACUCUUUUUUCAAGUAUUCCUAUUGUACUGGAGAAGCUGGGAAGGAGAUUGUUAAUUCAGAGGAAUGUAUUGUAAAUGAUAUGAAUGGAGAAGAAUCUAUGAAAAAACCUCAAACCCUCGUGGAGAUACAUCAGGAAAAACUAAAAGAGGAGAAAAAGAAGAAAAAGAAGAAGAAGAAGAAGCAUCGAAAGAGCAGUUCAGAUAGUGAUGACGAAGAAAAGAAACAUGAAAAACUGAAAAAGGCACUGAAUGCAGAGGAGGCCCGCCUUCUUCAUGUCAAGGAGCUCAUGCAGGUUGAUGAGAGGAAGCGGCCUUACAACAUCCUGUAUGAAUCUCGGGAGCCCACCGAGGAGGAAAUGGAGGCCUAUAGAAUGAAGCGUCAGAGGCCAGAUGACCCCAUGGCCUCCUUCCUUGGACAGUAGUAACUAGUCGCAGAUGGUCACCGAUGUUACCAUCUGAUGAUACAUUCUUUUCAGCUUCUUGCCGAUGACUGUAGAUGGAAAAGUCUGUGUCCACUCAUCUUGCUGCCUGACUUUAAUAAA